AUGACUACCGUGGAGAUGUCUCGUGCAAGCCCGCCUCCGGAGGUUGAUGUAUACGAUGAUAUGGGAGAAGCAGAAAAAUACCCCGAAAAAGCUCCUCCGACAGAUGACCCCUUUGGAAAUGAAGAAACCGGAGAAGUCAAGUAUCGUGUCAUGAAGUGGUGGCAAGCGGGCAUGCUGAUGGUCGCUGAAAAUAUCUCAUUGGGAAUCAUGUCUCUUCCCUCAGCCGUGGCAACCCUCGGCAUUGUCCCCUCGCUUAUCAUCAUUCUCGGAUUGUCUGGCAUCUCGUGGUAUACAGGCUAUGUUUGCGGACAGUUUAAGCUGCGCUACCCUCAAGUGCAUAGUAUGGGUGAUGCUGGUGAACUUCUUAUGGGCCCGAUCGGACGAGAGAUUUGCUAUGUUGGCCAGCUGUUGUUCAUUAUCUUCUUGAUGGCCAGCCACAUUCUCACCUUCACCGUGACAUUCAAUACUAUCACUAACCAUGGAACAUGUACCAUUGUAUUCGGAGUUGUCGGCUUGGUUGCAUGUGGUAUUGCUUCCCUUCCUCGUACAUCCGAGAAGGUAUUUUUGAUGUCUACCAUCUCUGCUGUCAGCAUUUUGGUUGCCACCAUCGUUACAAUGAUCUCCGUCGCCAUCCAAACCCCAGACAAUGUUCAGAACGAUGUUGUCGCUGCCCCCAGCUUCCAAAAUGGUUUCUUAGCCGUUACAAACAUCGUCUUCGCUUUCAUCGCUCACGUUUCGUUCUUCGGUAUCAUUUCAGAGAUGGAGGACCCUCGCCAAUUCCCCAAGUCACUGGCCAUGCUCCAAGUCGUCGACACAACCAUGUACGUUGUUUCAGCCAUGGUCAUCUACCACUAUGCCGGCCCAGACGUCUCCUCUCCCGCUUUGUCGUCUGCCGGUCCCGUUAUGAAGAGAGUUGUAUACGGUCUAGCCAUUCCAACGGUCAUUGUUGCCGGUGUCGUUUUCGGCCAUGUCGCUUGUAAAUACAUCUAUGUCCGAAUCUUCAGAGGCGAGCGCUCCCACCACAUGCACCAAAGGAGUUUCCUGGCUACAGGUACUUGGGUUGCCAUUUGUCUCAGCACCUGGACUAUUGCCUGGAUCAUCGCAGAGUCGAUUCCAGUGUUCAAUGAUCUAUUGAGUUUGAUUAGUGCUCUUUUCGGCAGUUGGUUUAGCUACGGUCUCCCUGCCAUUUUCUGGCUGCUCAUGAACAAGGGUCAGUGGUUCUCUACAUGGAAGAAAAUCCUCCUUACUCUCGUCAACUUCGCGAUUCUAGGAAUUGCUUGUGCCAUUUGUGGUCUGGGUCUGUAUGUUUCGGGCAAGUCGAUCCACGAUAGCUCGGCCAACGCCAGCUGGACAUGCGCUAGCAAUGCCAUUUAA